CACUAACUCUUAAAAAGUGAAGUCCGUCCAGAGCCCUUUUGUGGUAGAGAAUUGAAGGCCAAAUAACAAAGAAGAUCACAGCUUUUCCAGCCCUAGCUUCUCGCAGCGUGAUCAUGGCGGAUGAUUUGCUCCAAUACAUGCUCGAAAAGGUGAUCAGCGUCAUCAAGCAAGAAGCAGGCUUUCAAGAAGGACUAACGAAGAAAGUCGAAGAACUCAAGUGGGAACUUGAUAGCAUGCGAUCGUUCUUGGAGGAUGCUGAUAGAAUGAAAGAUAUGGACCAAAGAAGGAAAACAUGGGUGAAACAAGUGAGAGAGGUCACCAACGCUGUGGAGGAAAUCAUCAACGAUUACACCCGACAGAUGCAAAGGAAGAAGAAUCGUGGAUUCAAGGGUUUCAUCUUCAACCCCAUUCAUCUCGCGGGGAAAAUUAUCUUCAGGCAUCGGCUCGUGGCGCGCUUGAAAGAAAUCAUUAUGAGGAUUAAGAACAUCGACGAGAGAAACAGGCGAUAUGUUAUUGAUAAGGUGGAUGAAGGAAAAAGCUUGUAUGAUGCUCGUAUUUUGUUGGGGCUCAUGCUUGGAAUCUCAUCAGCCCUUUUACUGGGGGUCUCAUCUGUGUUUGUGUUGGUGCUUCCACUAACAAGACAGAAUCCAUGUCUGAGGUGUGACUCAAAGAAGAAGUAGAAAAAUCCUGGCAUCUCAUGAUAGAGAGAAACAGUGAGGUAGAACUGGCAGAAGAGUGAAGUGGGUGUGUGAAAAAAUAAAAAAUCUUUUCCAUAGGAUCUCUCCGCGAUCUGUGGAAGCAGUGAUCCACUUGUAUGGUCUGUUUUGGAGGGGUUUGAUUUCGUCCACAGCUAUCUAGUAGUAAUUCUGUUUUCUUACAUCUACAUACACUACAUGGUACUGAUACACCUCUAAUAGAAAAUAAAGGGUGGGAAAAAAGGAAUUGAGAGAUGUUCCAGGGACAACAAUCAUUCCUCUGCUUGUAUAGUUAAAAUGGGUUUUUUUUUUUUUCCUUGUUAAGGGAGUGGAUUUCCUAACAUAGGGGUUGGGGUGUUGUAAUUCAUUUUUGCUGCUUUUUGUUUGUUUCUCUGCUGUUGCUGUUUCUGUUGUAGUCUUCUUGUUCUGCUUUUUAGAGUUUUAAUCAA